CAGCGACGAGACAACUCUCAGUAUUUGUUCGAAUGAGAAGCAGACAAGAUCAAAAGUUCAGUCGCUCGUGUAAAGGGAAGCCUUAUAACUCUUAAUUUGAUAUAAAAAUAAAAAAAAUCGUGCAUGGAAAAAUUUUUUGUCCUAAAAGUCACAAAAAAUAAAUUAACACGAAAAAAUUAUAAAAAAAAAUAUUAAAAUUUUAAUGUUUGUUCGAAGAUUAUGAUGAAAAAAAGAGAUCAUAUUAAAACAAUGUAGACGAGUGAUAAUGAUACAAAAACAAAAAUAAUACAGCGAAAAGUAUAAAUAUUCGUGAUAUUAGAUUCCAAAGACUGAAUAGAAGUAAUAGAAGAAAAGACGAUGGCUAACAGAGCAAUAAACUGGGGAAAAGUGAUCUACAAUGAGGAUGAAAAGAAGCUAAUAUUUUUCGACCAGAAAAUUGUCCGAAUACCUGAGGCGAUUUACAACUUAUUUCACGGUCGUGUGAAAAUCCUCGAUUUGAGUUGCAACAAAAUCUCGUCGCUCGAUGCCCUGCAAUACUUUGACGACAUGGAAGAAUUGAUUUUGGACAAUAACUUGAUCGCAGAUGACGUCGUGUUUCCCCCGAAUUCGCCGAACUUGCGAUUACUUUCAUUGAAUAACAAUCGGAUCAAAGAUUUGAAUAAAUUACUCAAAAAAAUUCGCAGAUCUUUCCCGCAUUUGGAGUAUCUCAGUCUUCUGGGCAACACAGCAUGUCCUUAUUUCUUCCUCAAUAUCGACUUUGACAAUUAUUACGACUACAGGAUACACGUGAUAUCGCAAUUGAAGCACUUGAGGUUCCUCGAUACGAAGAAAGUUUCGUUGGCGGAACGAAAAUUAGCAAGAGGAAAAGCAUCAAUGGCAGCGGAAACAACUUCUUCAACUGCUCCAGCGAGUCUCGAUUAUAACGAUUGCAAUGGAAAUGCAGCAGCUUUGAUGAAACCAACAAAUUUAUCUGGAUUAUCUCGAUUUUUUGCGUUAAGUUGGCUGAAAAAGGAACCAAAAAUUUACAAUCCAUUACCCGAAAGUCGCGAAAGAACGCCUCGCGCUGCUUACGGGAAAUUAAAUUACAAAUAUAUCGGAAACGAGUCGGAAGGAAAUCGAUUUAUCAGGAAUAAGGAUCUGUAGGAAUAAAAUUUUCCUUUUGUAUUUA